AUGGCCUCCAAUCUCGACCGCUCUCUCGAUGAGAUCCUCAAGGACAAGAAGGGAGACGCUCGACGAAAUAACAAGAGGGCUGGCCCCGUCGGUGGAAUUCGCAAGCGUUCUGCUCGUAUUGAACAGAACAAGAAGAAGGCCGCUGCUGCCACACCAACAGGUCCAGCCAAGAAGGCAGACACCAAGAAGGAUGGAAACGACACCAAGAUUCAAGUUUCCAAUCUACCUCUUGACGUAAACGAAAGCAUGCUUCGUGAAUAUUUCACAAACGUUGUCGGUACUAUUAAAAAGUGCAACUUAGUCUAUAAAGCUAAUGGCCAAAGCGCUGGAAUUGCAACUAUCGAGUUCCACAAGCCCGGUCACGCCAACAUUGCAUUCGACAAGUUUAAUGGACGUCUCGUUGAUAACCGCCCUAUGAAGGUGGAGAUCAUUGUUGACCCCACUAAGGUCGCUUUCGCCGAUCGCAUUAGCGGUCCAUCAAAGCCAGCACAGAAGCCAGCCCCCAAGCCGGCUGCUAACAAACCAAAGCCGGUGACUGCUGGUGGUCGUCCUGGCGGGGCCGGUCGAAAUCCUCGUGGCGGCCGCGGAGGUCGCGGGGGUCGCAAGGGUGCAAGUGCUAGCGGCUCGGGAAUCAAGAGAACUACUAAGACCGUUGAGGAGCUCGACCAGGAAAUGGCAGACUACUAUAAGGGAUCUGAGAAUGCCGCCCCCGCUACAGCCCCUCAGGUCGAUGCCGCUGUUAUGGAAGAUCUCUGA